AUGUGGAUGUGUACAAGCAAUAUUUAAUAAUAAAAUCAGCUAACAGGGAUAUCAAAUAAGGGAGAUUCUCUGAAACCAAUGCGUCCGAAGCGUGCUAAAGACGAAAUUGAUAAUGAUCAUGGUAAAGAUGACGAUGAGAUCAGCCAGCAUUGUACCACUGUGCUCCACACUGUUGAGCCAUUAGGUAUUCGGUACAGGGAUUGGGUAACCAAGUCAAUUAUAUAGCCACGGAGACGACUAAGACGACGACGAAAAAAACAACAAAGCCAAAGGCAUAACCAACAACAAGCAAAAGCAAAGCAUUUUUAAUUAUAAUUAUUAUUCCCGUGGCCCUAGAAUUUUGUAAAAAUUAGUUUUUAAGGCAAACACUCAAAAUGACGGUGGAUUUCAAUGAUUAUUUUUGGGGUGAGAAGAACAAUGGAUUCGAUGUGCUGUAUCAUAAUAUGAAGUUUGGGCUGGUAGCCAGCAAGGAGCUGUCCGAGUUUCUGCGCGAGAAAUCCAACAUCGAGGAGCAGAACUCGAAGAUGAUGUCCAAGUUGGCUCAUAAGGCCAGUACGGGCACAUUGAACAGCACCUUUGCACCGGUAUGGACCAUACUGCGCACCUCAGCGGAGAAGCUGUCUACGCUGCACAUGCAAAUGGUACAGAAAUUGACGGAGCUGGUCAAGGAUGUGGCCAAAUAUGCCGAUGAGCUGCACAAGAAACACAAGUGUGUCAAGGAGGAGGAAUCGCACACGCUCGAGUGCGUUCAGGCCAUACAAACCUCAACGGUUGCUGUGCAGAAGCUGCGCGAUUUAUAUGCCAGCAAGGUGCUCGAGCUGGAAAAGCUGCGAAAGGACAACGGCUCACACAAGGACGCCGAGAAGCUGGAGAGUAAGCUUAAGAAACUGCAGGAGGAUUAUAAAGCGCUGCUCGAUAAGCAUAAUCCGAUCAAGAAUGAGUUUGAGCGACGCAUGACGCAAACGUGCAAGCGUUUCCAAGAAAUCGAGGAAGUGCAUCUGCGUCAAAUGAAGGAGUUUCUAUCGACGUACUUGGAAAUGCUGCAGAAUAAUCACGACAUGGUCGGCCAAGUGCACUCCGACUUCAAGCGCCAAUUUGUGGACAUGUCCGUGGAUAAACUACUCGAGCAAUUUGUGUUAAACAAAUAUACAGGUCUCGAGAAGCCUGAAAUGCUCGAGCUGGAGUUCAUUUCGCUGUCAAGUGCAUCACGUCUACAGCAGCCGCCGCAGGUAUCGGGCACGGCAUCAAAUUCGAACUCGGCAACCAGCAUUCAAGCGGCUUUGCGCACCGGUGGUUCUGCAGCAGCCGCUUCAGGUAGCCUGGUAUCGAUGGACCAGCGAGGCGGUGCCGGUGUUGGCGACGCACUUGCGGGCAUCUCGCUGGGCAGCGGCAGUGCGGCCAGCGGCAGCAUACCCUAUGCAGACGAUGCGAUGCUGGGUAGCGUGGGUGGUGGUCCAUCAUCGCCGCGUCCAACUUCGCCAGAAACGUUAGGCGCACAGCCGCCGCAAACGAGCGCCGCGACAUCGACGGUGAAGAGUCUGCGCUCCUGGUUUAUGCCGACGGCUAGCAAACAGCAAGCGCAGCAGAAUGCUAGCUCUGUUGGGACUGGGAAUUUCGGUAUGCCUGGCAACAGCAACAGUAACAGCUCCAACAACAACAAUUACAACAACACGAACAUCACAACAACAACAAGCGCCAACUCGAACACCAACAACACCACAGCAACCGGCACAAAUAAUUUCACCACCAAUGUCACCAACAAAAAUAUCCCUAACUCAGAGCUUCUGGAUACUACUAGUACUCAAGAUCAGCAGCAGCAGCAACAACAACAACAAGAACAACAACAGCAGCCGAAUGAGGUCUUAACACCAACUGCUAGUGCAGCUGAUAGAAAGCAAAUGAAUGCAACGACAAGCGAUCAACAAUUAUCGAAAUCAUUAAACGAGCACGAUCAUCUAAAUCAUCAGCAACAACAACAACAACAACAGACUGCAGUGGGCAACAACGUAGCCCCAACAACAACAACGUCCAGACGUACAACGUCACUUUUAAAUAUAUUCACAUCAAACUCUCAGGUUUCGGGCAUUUUGCGUAGUAGACGCGACAAGGCAAAAACUAAAAAAUCAAAGAAGAAAAAAGACAACGAGGCUGCAGAUCACAAUAUACAGGAGGAGCGCUUGGCCAGUGCGGAACGUGGGAAUAACACCUUGUUGGACUAUGAUGAUCAUGGACGCAGCAUGAAGACGCAGAAUUCUAGCGGUAGCAGCGCAGGCGGUGGUCUGGCCGCCCUAUCAGCCACGUCGGCCCAAGGCAGCGUUGAUUCGGCGGGAGCCAGUAGCAUGGGUGGCAGCGGAGGCGGCGUGGGCGUAGCAGGGACCCUGGCCAAUGUCAGCAGCAACUCUGGUGUGGGCGGAGCAAAUGCAAGUGCAAUUGGAGCAGGCGCUUCCGGAGCCAAUGCCAGUGGCAGCGGUUAUGAGGUAGACGAGGAGGGUUUUAGCAUACAACCAGCUAAGGAAAUAGCCUGGGAGGAGGGCCACGAUAAAUCUGGCAGCUUCUACACCGACUCAGACUCGGAUUCGGAUACCGACAAGCGACGCAUUCAUGUGAAGAUUAAGCCACUCAACAAUGGACAGGCGCCCAUGUCGGCCAGCGUCGAUGAGCUGAGGGCAACCGUUGAAAACAUUUCGCUAUCACCUACGGGCGUUUUUGCGCAUCACAGCCAGCAACUGCAAGGUGCACAACGCGGCGCACCUGCAUCUCGGCAACAAUCACCAGAGAUAUCGAAUGCUUCAACGCCCACGGCAAGCGUGCACCCAUAUGCGCCACUGCAAAGUCCCACGCUCUCCAACAAUAAUGCAAAUAAUAAUGCUAGCCACAAUCGCUAUGCGGAUCUGGGCGAUAUAUUCUCGGAGCUGGGCGAAAUGAGCGUCUCUGCGCCAACAUCGGCGACGUUUAGCAAGCCGCCAGGGCGGCAGAUACCAACGCCCACGUCUGGUGGCAGUAGCAUUGCCAUACCACGACCUCCAUCCCGUCGUUCGGAUAUGAUUGCCAUUGGCCCAGCAGCAUCUGCUGUGGCUGCGGCUGCUGCAGCGGGAGCAACAAGUCUUGGACGUGGACGGAUGAGUCCAGCGCCGGCAAUGAAUCGAGCAGACAGUAUUGGCAGUCUAGAGUUUCGCACCGCCAUUGGGGGCAUGGGCUCAUCUCGCGGACCAUCGCCGCUGACAAUCGGCAUAUCGGAUACAAUACCCCUUGCUGUGGCAUUCCAUGAGAUUAUACACGCCUACUUCAGGGGCAGCGAUGAGUCGCGUUGUCAGGUGAAGGUGUCCGGUGAUAUGAUGCUAUCAUUCCCAGCCGGCAUUGCCGGCCUGUUAGCCAAUAAUCCAAAUCCAGCCAAGCUGGGCUUUCGCAUUAAACAAGUACAAAAUCUGGAGAGUCUUGUGCCCAAUGGGAAACUUGUGCAAAUAGAUCGUCAACAGUCGAGCGCGCUGAGCACGUUGUUGGAGUUUAAUAUGCCUGCGUUGACCGCAUUAUUGCGAAGACAGGCGGAAAAAAAUCCAAAUGCCUCAUAUUUCAAUGUGGACAUACUCAAGUAUCAGGUGCGCACCAAACCUGGCGCCAGUUCAUGUCCCUUUCAGCUGGUCAGCUACUGGAAGUGUGAGCCUAGCUAUACGGCGCUCAAGGUUGACUACAAAUACAAUAAUCAUGCCAUGGCCAACGCGUCUCCCUUGUUGAAUGUCACGCUCUCUGUGCCGGUGAAUGGCUCUGUGCGCAUUGUUCAGUCUAAGCCGCAUUCAUCCUGGUUGGGCGAAUCGAAUCGCUUGGUUUGGAACUUUACGGACAUAUCGCAGAAUUCACAGGAUGGCGGCGUAGGUACGCUUCGUGCACGGCUCGAGCUGAAUGAUGGGCCCUCAACGCCGGCCACGCUGGCCGCACAGUUUAAUUGCGAGGGUACCACACUCUCGGGCAUUGAGUUUGAAUUGCAAGGCAGUGGAUAUCGAUUGUCCUUGGUCAAAAGACGUUUUGUUUCUGGUAAAUAUGUAUGCGAGGGUGAUGGCAUUCGCAGUGGUGCUACGCCCACACCGCCCUCUGUGGGAUCGACUAGUCCGUAUUCAGCUAAAUCGAAUUAGCGAGGCAAUUGGCUUGUGAAAACCCUAGCGAAAUUUGUAUCUAAAUCUGAAAAUUGAAAACUAAAAAAUGACUUAAAAAUUUUGUAAUACAAGUUGGGCGUUGAGCAUAAAUUGGUAGAGGAUGUUAUUGGACUCACCUGUGUUUAGCUAUUUUCCGUUUUGGGUUAUUCAUUAUGAUGUAUUUUUGUAUCACUUGUACUGUUGAAUCUGAUUGAAUUGGAUGGCCUGUUUUAGUGUAGCCGUAACAACUGGAUGUAUUAUUUGUUAUAUUUAUAUACACUAUAUAUUAUAUAUAUAUUAUAUGCUUAGAAAUGUAUUUAUUAUGUUUAAUUGAAUAUGAUGUAAACAAAACGUAUGUAUGUAGCUAUGUAGAUAUCUAAAAACAACACACACUCCGACACUCUCAUACACCACAUACUACAGCGUGUAAAAGAACGUUGAUUUUAUGUUCACUUUUGUAAACACAAUCACACAACACCAAAUGUAUUAAAAUUAA